CACUCAAACGGUUUUUUCGCAAACCCGAUUUCAGUCUACUAUCGAGAUUUCCGUUAGCAAACGCCAUGAAAUUACUGUUAGCUUUUUUAUUCAAUAUCAUCGCGCUUCCAGCCUAUUUUAUGCACGAUGGACUCACGGAGCUUGAAACCGACUGCAACUCUGGUGCAAACAUCCCACAAACCAUAACUCCGGAGCCGGUAGAGUAUCCAUUUCGGACAGAUCUGUUGACACGAGACGAAUGUAUGGCAUAUGCCAACUUGAGCCAAAAUGGCGAAAUCUGCAGCCCAGUUAUCGGCGUCCGAGAAUGCGAGGGCCCAUCGGAUGAUGAGUAUCUGCUGAAAGUGCUCUCUAGAACUUAUAUCAAUGUCAGGUGUUCAUGGGGGAAUCGAACCCUUCUGACUACUGUUACAACGAAUAUCCACCUAAUCAGCCCAACUCGAGCGGCUAUCAUCGAUUUAAAGGAGCGCAACGACUCUGCCGAUCCAGUCCACCCUGAGGUCAUCAAUCCCAUUCGGAACCAGCUCAUCGAACUCUGUGUAUCCGAUGUCCGCACAACGGGUGUCAGCGCAAAGAUAUACGACUUGGGCGUGAUGCCAUAUUUAUUACUGCUCCAAAUUCAAUCCGGAUCACGCUUGGAGAUCCAGAAGAAACAUUUUUCGCGGAUGUCACAAAUACGCAGCAUUACUUUCUCGCACUGUACUAUUGAAAUGCUGGAGCCGUACACGUUUGCCGAUUUACCACUUUUGCAUAGCUUGUCGCUAGAGGACGGCGCCGGUUAUGUUUUGUUCCGACAACACGCAUAUUCCACGAAGCGCCAGUUUCCGAACCUACUCAGUGAGGACGAUUUGGACAUGAUCCAGAAGCUGCACUGUGAUUGCUCGUACGCUUGGUAUCGAAAUUUCCUGAAACAAAAACCCCAUCUUAUCUCCGGCAAAAGAAAAGGCGAAAUUGCUAUUGUCGGAAACUAUAUGACCCCGUUCGUUGAUGUGGGGGUGCUAACUACGGCUGCGGUGCUUAAAGUGGAUUGCGCGCAAAAUCUGACUUAUAGCAAUGUUGGUCGCAACCUCGGCGGUAGCCAGUAUUCUUACAAUUCCUCUUGCUAUAAUUUACAAUGUUGAGCAACAGACCCGUAACAGUGCCCUUCUGUUAACAGCAUUUUUAAAACACGAAUGAAGUU